AAAUUGUAAACAAACAAACGGUUUUUAUGUUUUAUUGAAUUUAUAUAAAAACAGUAGAAAUAUUUGAGAUAUCAGCUUAAAAUGUCAUCGAAAGUGAAUCUUGAUGAUAUAAAACAAAUACCAGCUGAGGAAUUCAAAGAAAUACUCCAUGCUUGGAUGAACGAGAAAGAAAUUACAAAAGAAUUGCAAAAGAAACUUAGAAAGCAAUUAUUCACUGACUUCCAGAAGACAGAACUUGCAAAACAAUUAGAAAUGGAUAAACAGAAAGCAUUGUUUGAUUCAAAAGAUUUUGUGAUCGAUACGCUUCAGGCUGAACAUCUUUACAAUCAAAAUAAUCAUUUCACUCUUUCUGUAUUCUUUACCGAAACAAGACAUUCGACACUUUUGCCCAAUUUUGAAAAGGAUUCAAUGUUUAGAUUUGAAGAAGACUACAUAGGAAAUUUGAUUGACUUGAUGGGAAUUACAAAAAGUGAUAAAAUUACACGAAGAAUUCUCAAUGUUUAUAAAAGCUCCACAGAUUCUUUAUUAAGUAUUAUGCUCAAAGAAUUAAUAAUAUCACAUAAUACAACGGAAACCGGAACUGUUGCAACCCAGACAGAAACAAAUAACUUGCAAUCAGAAGAUCUCUCAUUUACUUCAUCUAAAUCGAAAAAUAAGAAAAAGCGACGGCGGCGGCAUCAUGGACUGACAAGCAGUGAUUCAAAGACAAAUAAGUCUAAGAAAGUUAAAGAAAUUGCUGUCAUUUCUCAGAAUCUCGACAAGAUGUCUAACAACAUAAGUAUUAUAACAAAUAAACUUGAUGAUUUCAAACGACAUCCAAGUCAAGACGAUUCCAAAGCUAUAAUUGAAUCUGUCGGUACAAUAAUGCAACAGUUGAAUUGUUGUGUAAUUAAUUUCGAGCGUCUUUGUCAGGAUAUAAGGAAAGUGAGUGAAGUUUCUCAUAAAAAUUAUGAUGAAUGGAUGAACGAACUUCAAAACACGGAAAAUGGCCGACGUUUCUUGAGAAAACUUCAAAAAUCUUUUUCCCGAAUUAUGAGAGAAGAAAAAGAUAAAUUGGAAAAAGAUUUUCGAAGAAAAGUCGAACGAGAGAAGUUAAAGCUGUCAAAGCUUUAUCGGUCAAGUGCACCCAAGAGCAUCGAAAAGAAACCACAAAACUUUCCAGACACAAUCACAAAAGAAAUUAACGAAAUAUUCGAGAACACUUGUAUGAUGAUAAAAAAUGUGGAAAAGGAAAGCGAAUUGUUUGAGAAAUCCCUUGAGGUUGACGAACAACGAAAAAGAACUGAAGCUUAUAAAGAUCCUCGAAGCAAAACAACCGCAACAGAAGUGAACCUCGACGACUGCCUACAAAUUCAUUCUAAGGAAAGUUCAUCCGUCCAAAGCGAUUUACGUAGUUACACCUCAAAUUCUUUCGAAAUCGAUGAAACUCAUGAAAAUAAGUAAAUAAAUAAUCAGAAAAUAUGUUCAAACAUUCAAAAUGUUUUUCCCCGUACUUAAAUUUAUUUAAGUUAAAUAAACAACAACAUUUUGUCAGCGUGAAAAACUUUUUUUUUGUAUUCUUUCUUUAUCAUCUUAUAUCUACUUUAAAGAAUGUUUUGUUGAUGAUGAUGCUCAUCAGUGCAUAAAAGAACACAAAAUACUCUUUUUUUUAAGUUCAUCACAUUUUCAACAUUCUUCGAAUAUUUUUUAAAUCUCCGGAUACUGAAAGUUGAAGGUAUAAACCACAUGAGAUCCUAAACAACUUUGGCUAUCCUAAACUUAUCCUUUGUAGUGAUGAAUGAUAAUCUCAACAAGUCACUAAUUCAAACAUUUAAACAACAAAUCGAACGUUUGGGAGUCCCUUCAGACAGCUGUACCAAACUCGUUUACGUUCUCUUUGAAAAGUGUAGAAUGUGAGCCUGAUGUGACAAGUUCAUGUUCAAUUUUAUCCAAAUCAAAUUCAUCGAUAUGAUUAUAAUUUGGACAUUUGAUGAAUGGUGGUGGUUGACGUUGCAGU